AUGGCAAGCAAACCCAACAUCUACAUUGUGCACGGCGCAGGCUACUCCGUCAUGUUCAGCCAGUUACCUAGAGGUACCGUGGACGGAACCGAAGUGCCCUUCGCCGCUAUUCCAGAACGACGCGGCCUUGCGGACCUAAUUCUUGUCGGUCACUCCUCAGGCGGUCGUGUUACCACCGGUGCCGCCGAGGGCUUAGACGCCACCAGUCGCAGGAGGCAGGCCAUGGACGUCCUUACUGAUCUGCCGGAGGAAGAACAGCAACACUGGGGUGUACAAAACGCGCAUACUACUGUUGGCUUGUUCGACACGCCCUCUACUUUGAGCGUUGAAGCAAUGGGAUCCCUUGCUCGUAUAUUUACUGCGAGAUGGAUAGCUGCGAAGAAGAUUGAUCUUGACUGUGGCCACUUUCUGUAUGUGAGCAUGGUGAAGGAGUUGCUCGCGGUGGUGGAGGAGCUUCUUUGCGUAAUGGAAGCCCGAAACGGCUGGGUGGACACUCCGCAUAAGUCGCCGCCUGGGUUGUUACAAUGA